AUACAACAACAAUUACAGAUCAAUUAAAUUCUCUUCGUUCAAUUUUACGUUCAGAUGAUCAUCUUCAAAUUCAUACAUCAGGAGAUUAUGAACAAGUUCGAAUUAACCUUGAUCAUGAUAUACAAAUAAGUUUUUUCUUUGAUGCACUUAAUAAUAUAAACAAAUUAUUAACUAUUAAUAAUUUACAUGAUUUACGAAUUAAUAAAUCAUCAAGUAAAUGUUCAUUAAAUAAUGAUCAAUGGACAGAUAUUCGUAAAUAUUUUGAUGAACUUAUUCAAAAAUCAAAUGAAUCAACAUCACUUCAAUCAAUUAUUCAAUUAAUUCAAGAUUAUUUAUUAAAAAUAACAAUCAAAAAUCAAAAAUCAAAAUCUAAAACAAAAAAAUCAACAGAAACUACAUCAACAGAAGAAAUUUCAACAACAACAAAUAAAUUUCGUGGUAGUGAUUUAAUAUUUAAUCGAAUAUUACAUGAUAAAACAAUUGAUCGAUCACAAGUUAUAAUUGGUUAUGAAGAUCGUUUUACAGGCAUGCAUGAAAUUUCAUUUAAUGAAUUUAAAAAAAUUGAUAAAUCUGAAUAUGGGGUUCCAAUGCAUCGUGUUCGAUAUUUUAAAAUUAGUGGUCGUAUUGUAUGGGAUCGAACGAAAAAGUUAGAUAUACUAACGGGUAGUGAUCAAUUACUAAGUGGAAUAUCCGAUGAUAACGAACAAAGAUCUACUCUUGUGCAAGGACUCUAUCGUUUUGAUCAAUCUCUUCAACAAUGGAUUGAAUGUCCACAUAUAUCAUUGAUAUCAGAUGAUUCAAAAAUUUCCUCAACAAAUGAAACAUAUCUUCCUCAACGAUGUCAUUUUAUAACAUGGAAUAUUUUAUUUGAUUAUUAUCAACCAACACUUAUUUAUACAUCUCAAAGAUAUCGUUCAAUACUCAAUACAUUUAAAACACUUUUACCUGAUAUAAUUUGUUUACAAGAAGUAACUAUUGAUUUUCUUAAUCUUCUUUUAAAUGAAAUAUGGUUACAAGAAAAUAAUUAUUAUAUUAUUAUUAUGAAAAAUGUUCUUAAUAGUCAACAAAAUAAAUCAUAUGGACAAUUGAUGAUUAUGAAAAAUUUUCGACCAAGAUCAUUUUCAAUAUGUCCACUUGAUCUAUCUGAUGAUGAUAAAACAACAACAACAAAAGAAUUAAUCAUAGCUCGAUUUGAUUUAAAUACUAAAACAACAAUUGAUCUUGUUAAUCUUCAUUUACAUAGUGAUCGUUCUCGUAAUUCAAGUGAAAAACGUUGUCAAACAUUAGAAAAUCUAUUUAAAAAAAUGAAAAUAAAUAAUUAUAUGCUUAUUGGUGAUUUUAAUUUUGGAGAUUGUCAUGUAAAAGAACAAAAUCUUCUUGGAACAUAUGAAGAUGAAAUACAUGAUCUAUGGAAAGAUAUUUAUGAUCUUGAUGAGAAUCCUGGUUUUACAUUUGAUCCAUCAAAUAAUAUUUGUGCUCAAAUAACAUCAGAAUCACAAAUAAAUCGUCGAUUAGAUCGAUAUUUAAUUCAUACAUUAGAUAAUCUUUCUUAUUCAAUUGAACAUCUUUCAAUGACUGGCAUUGAUACAAUUCCAAUCGAUUCAUUUAAUAAUGAUGAUAAUAAUCAACGUAUUAAUCAAUCUGAUCAUUAUGCUUUACAAUUAAUUAUUAAUUUUCGAACAAGAUCAAUAAGUCAUCGUUCAGCACUUGUUAUUUUACCAACAAUAAAUCAAUGGUCAAUAAUUAAUUCAUAUCGUCAAGAAUAUGAUCCAUCUUUUAAUCGAUGGCCUCCACAUAUUAAUUUAUUAUGGCCUUUUUUUGAUUUAAUUGAUUCUCAAGAUGAUCAAGAAAAUAUUCUUUUACCAUUAAGAUUAUUAUUAUCUCAAUAUCAAUCAUUUUCUAUUGAAAUAAAUCAAAUUGAUUCAUUUAUUGAAAAUAAUGUUAGUUUUAUGAAAUUAAAUCAACAAUCCACAAUAUAUGUUAAACAAUUAUAUGAACAACUUAUACAAUUAUUUCCACAAUGUUUAAAAAAUAAUCGAUAUAGUUAUAAUCCAUCUAUGAUAAUUGCACAAUUUGAUAAUCAAGAAAAACUAGAUCAAGCUAAAUCAUCAUUAGUUUUAAAUGAAUCAUUUGAAUUUCCUGUUGAAUAUGUUUACAUUUUACAACGACCACAUGACAAUGAUACAGUACCAUUUCAUAUUGCUUAUCAAUUACCAUUAGGUUCUGUACUUCAACCAAUAAAUUCUAAACAAUUAAAUUGUAUUGAUAGAAAAUUACAAGAAUUUUUUCAACUAAUGAAUCUUUAUGAAACUAGUCAAUCAUAUAAUAGAAAACAAGAAAAAUUUGAAAAACUUUCAUCUUGUUUUGAACAAAUGUUUAAUAAAGAUACAUUACAUUGUUUUACUCAUUCAUUUUUACCAUAUGGAAGUUUUCGUAUUGGUAUCAAUGGACAAGAUCUUGACACAGUAUUUGUUUUAAAUGAAAUUAAAUCAAUAAAUAAUGAAACAUCAUUUGAUGAAACACUUCAUCAAUUAAAAUAUGAUA